GCAGCAGGACUCCAGAGCAUACACACACACAACCAGUAUGAUUAUAUACAUGCAUCAUCCAUGAGGCUGGUAGUGCGCCUUUGCUCACCGCGCGUGCAAAGGACUCGCCAGUCGCCGAACUGUGGGGCUCGCAACUCGCGGCGAAUGGCAGUGCGGCCUGCAGCAGGCACAGGUCGUGGAUGGGCGGAUGAUUGGACCUCGGCGUUGCAGCGGGGCCACGCGCAGGGCGACUACAACGGGAAGCUAGGGGCUGUGGGUGUGCGAUGCCCAUGCGACGACCCGUUGCCGCCACCCAUGCACUACUGCUCUGCCGCUGAGCAGAGCGAGUGGGAGUCAGUGCUGGGCCGCCACGAAGACGGUGGAGCCGGCGGCGGGGGCUUUGCCACUGGCGGUGGCGGCAGCGGCAGCGGCACAGGACCCGUCACAAGGGCGAAUCCGUUGACAGUAACACCCGCCGCCCCCUCCGCUCCGGUGCCCAGCGCUGCUGCCGAGGGCAUGGCCGCUGCCACCCUAGGCAGCAGCCCUGCCACCCAGCAGCUCAGCAGCGGUAACCCUAUCCCCCACUACAGCACCAGCAACGCCGGCAGCAACGGCAUCAGCAACAGCAACAGCCUAUCGGCCAACGGCCACCAGGUGUCUGCGGGCCGGGCGCUGGCGGGAGCCUUCUUCAGCAGCGCGCCGCGCGACGCGCCGCGGCCACCGCUGCAGCUGCACCUGGCCCUGGAGCUGGGCUCGCACUGCACUCGGGCGGUGCUGCAUGACGGGCUGACAGAGCUGGCACGUGUCACGUACGACAGCAUGCUGGGACAGCAGCAGGCUGGAGCUACAGCCGCCACCUCCUCGGACAGCAGUAGCAGCGCCCAUGGUGGUGGAAGUGGCAGUGGUGCAGAGCUACAGCCGGCGUCUGUGGCGCGCACGCUGGAGUCGCUGCGCCGCGUGAUGGCGGCGGCCUCGGCGGCGGCGGCGCAGCUGGCGGCGGGGGCGGCGGCCGGCAAGAGUGUCCGCACCUGCGCUGCCAACGCAGCCGCUGCGGCAAACAGCGCGGCUCAAGAGCAAACGCCGCUGGAUGUUGGAGCUUCGGCCACUUUGGAUCAGGGCCUUGGCGGCGCCGCUCCGUCCACGCCCGGCCAGCUGUUGGUGGGCGGGCCGGAGGUGGGUGGCGUGCGCCUGACGGGGCGUAUGGUGGCCACGGCGGCGGUGCGGUCGGCGGCGCCCGCCAGCCGGGAGGCGCUGGCGACAGCGGCGGCGCAGGUGGUGGGCUGUUCGCUGGAGGUGCUAUCAGGCGAGCAGGAGGCUGGGCUGGCGUGGCGCGGCGUGGUGGCGGCGCUGCCCGCCGCCGCCACCGCUGCAGCCGGCCCCGGCGGCGGCCCGCCGCAGCUGCUGGUGGUUGACAUGGGCGGCCGCUCCACAGAGAUUAUACACGGCAGUGCCGCGGCCACUGCGGCGCCAGCAGGCACCAGCAUCCCACUGGGCUGUGUGGCGCUGCACGCGUCCGCGCUGGCGGUCUCCGCAGCCGGCAGGAGCGCUGGGGGCGGUGACACGCCGGCGGACGCCCGUGGCGCGCCAACACCGCACGGCCUGGAGGCGUGUGUGCAGCUUGCAGAGGAGGUCGUGCGGCAGCACUGCGCGGGGCAGCCGUGGCUCACACCGCCGCCCUCUUCCCAGACGGUCAUUGCGGCGGCCCCUGCUGCCAGCCCCACCUUCCCACGCCGCCUUGCCUUCCUCCCCGUGUUCACGGGUGGCACUGUGACCACCGUGGCCGCCCUGCACCUGCGCCUGCUCUGGUACGAACGCACCGCCGUACACGGGUGCCGGCUGACCGCCGCCGACGUACGGCAGGUUAUGACGAAGCUGGCGGCACCCGGCGGCGCACCGGCUGCGAUGGCGGCGUACGGCUGGCUGACGGCGGCGCGCGCCGAGACGCUGGCGGCAGGGUGUGGCGGGCUGCUAGGGGUGAUGGCGGCGUGUGGCGUGGACGAGGUGGUGGUGUCGGAAGCGGACCUGCUGGAUGGGUUGCUGGAGUCGGUGCUCGAGGCGCCGUGAGGAUCGGGCGUGGGUGGCUGCGCGGCGCAGCACUAUGGCGUCCUGAUAUGGUACGGUACUGCAUGCAUAACGACAGCGCAGGACUUUGCUAUGGUGCGAUGCACGGCGUGCGUGCCGUGGCGGGGUGUCCACAGCGUGUCACCUGAAAAGCGUUUGGCUGCUUCGGCAGGGCUAGCUUGUGCCCGGCCGUACGGUCGUGCCUUGACUGCGGGUGUGAGCAUGAGCCGAAACCCUCGGGCUUUGUGUGUCGGGGCAUCCAUCCACCACUGGGGAUUUGGCUAGAUCGACAGCGCCUGGUUGACCAUGUGAGAGGCGCUGAGGCUUGCACGCGGCCUCGUGCCUGGGCGAGGGUUGCUCCACAAUGGCCGAGAUGCGUCGUAAGCGCGGCCAUAGCCAAGCUGUCAUACCAAUGGGGUCAGCUUAGUCAUCAUGGCAUGCCUCGUCCCGGACAGUGCCUACCGUAUCUUUGUAAUAGCUAUCCUGA